AUUUCGCAAUAAUUGUUUUAAAAAAAUUAUUUAUCAGUUCAAACGUUUAAAUUUCAAUCAUUUCUAUGAAAUUACCAUAGUUUUCCGGUAAUUUUUCACAAAACAAAUGAGCUCAAACACACAAAAUUAUGAGGCGUUCGAAACGACCUCAAUAGUUUACUCGUCGAUAAUGUCUGCUAUAUCUCUCUUGAUAAUAGUUUUAAACUGGAAGCUAUCUCGACUUCUGAUUUCUCGACGACAUCAUCCGAAUAUACAGAAGCUUCGUAAGACACUGAUAAAAGGACGGGAAGCGGUUAAGAAUGGAAAGUUGACGCCGAUUGAGACAGUUAUUUUGGCAUUGGAAGCGGGAAUGAAUUUGGAAGAUGUUCGGCUCGAGUUUGCUCACGUGGCAACACGAGAGGAGAUUUUAGAAAGUGUAUUUGGAAAGCUGAAUCCGAAAUUCCUUGCCCGUCUAACCGCAAGUGGAAGAUUCAUGGAAACUGGUUACGCAAACGAGAAGAUCUUUUUGGAUUUGUGGAAAAGUGAGAGCUAUCGGGAACUUGUUAACUUGGCUCAACGAUCCCUGUGCCCAACUCAGUCCUUCCAUCCAUCGUAUAUUGCUGAUCUAAUAGAUCCACUUGCACCUCCAGCAACAACUGUUUGUGAUACUAAACCAUCGGAUCCAGCACCAGCUGCAAAGUCAAAGAGAAAGACGAUAAUCGACAAGAUGGCCAACGCGAUUUUGAAUGAGGAAAGACCACUGCUCUGUUCGGGAAAUAAUGAUGAUGCUCAUUAGUUGUGAACUGUUUUUAUUGUUUUAUUAAUAGAGAAAUGGAUGU